UAAUAAAUACAACAGUGAUUGCUCUCGGAAGUAGUCAAUUCAAGUGCUGUAACCAUGCUACUCACAAACUCAAUUUGUGGUGAUUUAGUCACAAUUUUUCUCACUUUAGUUACAGUUCUCACACUUUAUUUCAAAUGGUGCCACCAGUAUUGGGAAAAACUCAACCUGCCCUCCCUGCCUCCUUCAAUCCCUUUCGGGACCAGCUUAGGCCCUAAGGGACACUUCGGCCUCAGAAUGAAGCACAUUUACGAUAAAAUGAGGCAAAAGGGGUGGAAACACGGGGGCAUAUAUCUCAUGCAACGGCCUUUCUACGUAGUUGUAGACUUAGACUACGUGAAAAACAUCAUGACGAAAGAUUUCCACCACUUUUCCGACCGGGGCAUUUUCCACAACGAAAAAGCCGACCCUCUCAGCGCCCACUUGUUCAACAUAAGUGGCCCCAAAUGGAGAAACUUGCGGAGCAAAUUAACCCCAACUUUCACAUCCGGCAAAAUGAAGCUGAUGUUUCAAACUCUCCUGGACUGUGAAGUCAAUUUGCGGAAACAGGUGGAACAACAUUACGAGGCGAAAAAACCAAUUGAUAUUAAAGAAGUGUUAGGGUGUUUCACCACCGAUAUAAUCGGCUCUUGUGCCUUCGGACUUGACUGUAACUCGUUUAAAGAGGAGAAUUCACCGUUUCGGGUUUACGGACGUAGAGUUUUCGACCGUAGCGGUUUUAUCCGCACUUUGAAACGCACGUUUGCUAGCAAUUUCCCCAAUUUGGCGAAACUUGUGAACAUUGCCUUGGUCCCGAGGGACAUCUCCGAUUUUUUUAUCAACAUUGUGAAGGACACGGUUGAGUAUAGGGAGAAAAAUAAGAUCGUCAGGAACGAUUUUUUGCAACUGCUUCUGGACCUGAAGACAGAGGAGUCGGGAAAUGACGGCACGGCCUUAACAUUUGAAGAAAUUGCAGCCCAAAGUUUUGUUUUCUUCAUCGCUGGUUUUGAAACGUCUUCCACUACCAUGGCCUUCGCUCUGUACGAACUGGCCAGACACCAAGACAUUCAGGAUCAAGUCAGGGAUGAAAUUGAGUCAGUUUUGAAAAAGUACGACGGGAAAAUCACGUAUGAAGCAAUCCAAGAAAUGAGCUUUUUGGGGCAAGUGAUUGACGAGGCGCUUAGGAUGUACCCCCCGGGGCCCCUCGUGCCCAGGCGAUGCGUCAAAGACUACAAAGUGCCCAACACUGAUGUUGUUAUUGAAAAAGGUGUAAUGGUUUUAAUCCCAAUCCUUGGGAUACAUUACGACGAAAAGUAUUAUCCUGAUCCUGAGAAGUUCGAUCCUGAGAGGUUUAGUGAAGAGAAUAAGGCCUUAAGGCACAGUUAUGCCCAUAUUCCGUUUGGUGAAGGGCCUAGAAUUUGUAUAGGAUUACGCUUUGGACUAAUGCAGUCUAAAGUGGGUCUAGUCUCUUUGUUGAGGAAUUUCAAAUUUACGGUCAAUGAGAAGACGCAAGAACCUUUGAAGAUGAAAACCAAUUCUUUGGUUUUGGCCGUUGAGGGCGAAAUUUGGCUCAAUGUUCAUAGAUUGUAAAAGUAUACAAAAUAAUAAAUAUUAAAAGUUGUCUUUA